AUGUCGUCGCACGUGAUCGCGCUGGCCAACCAGGUCAGGCGCGGCAUUCCGUCGCUGCUCCGGAAGGUGGAAGUCUCCAAGCAAAACGAGGUCACCCUCACCGCGAGCGGACCCUCCGCCGUGCUCAGCAUCCUCCGGUAUCUGCGGGAUGACGCGAACCUGCAGUUCAAGCAGCUGAUGGACGUCUGCGGGGUGGACUACCCGGAGCGCGAGAACCGGUUCGACGUCGUGUACCACCUCCUGAGCGUCCACAAUGCCCAGCGGAUACGGCUCAAGGUGGACGUGGACGAGCUCACGCCGGUCCCCUCUGCGGUGGAGCUCUUCCCUGCCGCGAACUGGUUCGAGCGCGAGGCCUGGGACAUGUACGGCGUCCGGUUUUCGAACCACCCCGAUCUGCGCCGCAUCCUCACCGACUACGGCUUCACGGGCCACCCCCUGCGCAAGGACUUCCCGCUCUCAGGGUACGAGGAGGUGCGGUUCGACGACACGGAGAAGCGCGUGGUGUACGAGCCGCUCGAGCUCGCGCAGCAGUACCGCGCGUUCAGCCUCACGUCGCCCUGGGACAGCCGGAUGGACCCCAAGGUGGAGACGGAGCAGAUCGGGCCCGACGGGAAGAAGAUCGGGGAGCCGGAGCCGGCGCCCGCGGAACCACCGAAGUGA